AUGACAUUCCAGCAGCCCAUUUUCACGGAUCCAAAUUGGAAAGGGGGUCCCGUGGAUAGUUACUAUGAAGACGACCCUAUAUACCGCCUUGCACUAAAUGAUAUUGGCGCGAGAAACGCGGUGUUUUGCUGGCCUAGCGUUGGGGGUAUUAUAAUCAACGACAAUCUUACGCCGGUUGAACUAGAAUUUCUCUCUCUUCCGAGAUUCCACGAAGUCCUGCGUCCGGAGGUGGACAGCGAAAACAUUACCCUUGAAGAUGCAUUUUGUCGACGUCUUCGGCUGACUGGUGGGAAAUGGUUCGCGGACUAUUUCGAUUACGUUGGAGCUCAAAGAGCCGCCAGAAGACCAACGACGCCAGAAGAGGAUGAAGUGCUUCAUAUAGGGUGGCCUGAGGACAAGAAAGGUGUCUGGGUAUUGAGGCAGAAAGAUAAAAGGGAUAGGUGGGAAGAGAUGUGGAGGAUGCAAAACGCAUUUACAAUGGACGAACGAUGCAAAACUUUGCACAUGUCGGGAGCAACGUUCUUUGAAAAUCCACGAGAUUGUGAAUAUAUAAGACCACUGUUAGAUGGCUUCGGAUAUGUGCCGGGAAGGAGAAAUGGGGAGCUUUGA